AAAUAUUUGUGCUUUCAUACAGGGCACAAUGUCGAAAUGUCAAUUGAGUUGAUUUUGGCGACAGUUUUGGCAUCAGCUUUAUUUGGAGGAUGGCUAUUUGAUUGGUUUAUAUUUUCCUUAGCCCUUAUUUACGGAAAAUGGCUCCUACAUUAUCCCAAAGAGAAACUGUCGCCAGAAGAUACCCCUGGUGUUUCCAUCAUCAAACCAUUAAUGGGAGUUGAUCCUAAUUUAAAACACAAUUUAGAAACUUUCUUUAAUUUAGAUUACCCAUCGUAUGAAUUAUUAUUUUCUGUACAAGAUGAAAAUGAUCCAGCUAUAUUACUAGUUAAAAGUUUAAUAGAAUCAUAUCCUAAAGCUGAUGUUAAAUUAUUCAUUGGUUUAAAACAUGUUGGCCCCAAUGGUAAAAUCAACAAUAUGAUCAGGGCUUAUGAGGCAGCUAAACAUAAUCUUAUACUCAUAUCAGAUAGUGGUAUUAAAAUGAAUGAAGAUUCUCUAUCAGAAAUGGCAUCAUGUAUGGUCAAAGAUGUUGGCUUAGUUUUACAAAUGCCUUAUGUUUGUAGUAGAAAUGGUUUUGCUUCAGUCUAUGAACAGGUAUAUUUUGGAACAAUGCAGGCUAGGGCUUGUCUCUCUGCUAAUGCUGUAGGUGUUAAUUGUUCUACUGGAAUGUCUAUGAUCUUCAAGAAAGAUGUUCUGGAAGUCGCUGGAGGCCUCCAAGAAUUUGGAAAAUAUUUAGCUGAAGAUUACUUUAUUGCUCAAGCUAUAAGAAAUCAAGGUUAUAAAAUAACUUUAUGUACAAAACCAGCUUUACAAAAUUCUGGUAAUUAUUCUGUCACAGAUUUUCAUAAAAGAUUAAGAAGAUGGGCGUACAUGAGAUAUUCUAUGUUACCAUUAUUUGUAUUCCUGGAACCACUAUCAGAAUGUAUGAUUAUGGGUGUGGCUGCUUCCUGGGCUGUACAGUUUUUAUUUGAUUUUAGUCCAAUGGGAUUUUUUCUUCUUCAUGUUUUACUUUGGUUCCUCUUAGAUUAUGUGUUAAUUUGUGUAGUUCAGAAUGGACCCUUACCAUUUUCCAAGUUUGAAUUUGUUGUUGCAUGGUUGUUACGAGAACUUUCUUCACCGUAUAUAUUGUUAUUGCGUCAUGCAGACAGUACAAUUCAAUGGCGAAAUAAGAAAUAUAAAGUUCGGUGGGGUGGAAUCACUGAAGAAGUUACUACUUAG